AUGGCUGAUGCUACCCAGCUUUCCCAAGCUGCUGUGCUCCUGCGUAGCGCCCCCAUGCCUGAGGAUGCCGUCAAAGUCAAAGGCUAUGAUUUUAACCAGGGCAUUGACCACGAUGCUCUGCUGGAGUCGUUUGCGCGAACCGGCUUUCAAGCCACCAGCUUUGGUCAAGCCGUCGACGAAAUCAACCGCAUGGUAGGCAGGCAGGCAGGCGUGUCUGGCAUCCAACCGUCUGCUCGUCGAAAGGUUCGCACGACCAUCUUUCUUGGCUACACCUCGAAUAUGAUCUCCUCUGGCGUUCGCGAGACCAUCCGAUUUCUUGUGCAGCACAAACUGGUGGACGCCGUGGUCACCACAGCUGGUGGCGUUGAAGAGGACUUUAUCAAGUGCAUGGCUGAUACGUACGUGGGUGACUUCCACCUCUCCGGUACGGCCCUUCGCAAGCAAGGCAUCAAUCGCAUCGGCAAUUUGCUCGUCCCCAACGACAAUUAUGUCAAGUUUGAGCAGUGGAUGAUGCCCAUUUUGGACCAGAUGCUACAUGAACAACAGAACGAGGGCGUGGUCUGGUCACCCUCAACCAUGAUUCGACGCUUCGGCAAAGAAAUUGACAAUGAAGAGUCUGUCUACUACUGGGCCUACAAGAAUGACAUCCCCGUCUUCUGCCCAGCCAUCACCGAUGGUAGCAUUGGUGACAUGAUUUACUUUCACAGCGUACAAAACCCGGGCUUGAUUGUCGAUCUGGUCGCCGAUAUCCGUGCCAUCAACUACAAGGCUGAGUUUUCCAAGCACACAGGCAUGGUCAUUCUUGGCGGAGGCCUGGUGAAGCAUCACAUUUGCAAUGCAAACUUGAUGCGCAAUGGUGCAGAUCAUGCUGUUUUUAUCAACACAGCACAAGAGUUUGAUGGCAGUGAUGCUGGAGCACGACCAGACGAAGCCAUUUCGUGGGGCAAGAUUCGGCUUGAUGCCAAACCCGUCAAAAUUUAUGGGGAGGCAAGCAUGAUUUUUCCGCUCCUUGUGGCGCAGACCUUUGCGCGUCGCGUCCAUCCCAAGAAGUAA